AGGCGGGCCUUCGUAAAUACAACCAAAUCGCUCUAUUUGCUAAGAUUCUUCGCGGAAUGAGUUAUCAAUACGGCCAGGGUUAUCGACCAGGUGGUUCCCAACACCACCCUCCUCCAGGGGCGCCCAAUGGUUCACCUUAUGGAGGUGCCCCUCAAGGGCAGUAUGGUGGACAAGCUGUACCUGGAGCUCCUUAUGGCUCUUAUGGUCCACCUGGUCCAGGAGGUCCCCCUGGAGCACCGUACAGUGGUGGUCAGGCUCCAGGUGGCCCUUACGGAGGUUAUGGACAGCCCCAGGGAGGACCAUAUUUUCAGCAGGCUCCUGCAGGUAACAUUCCUCCCGGGGUGAACCCAGAGGCUCAUCAGUGGUUUUCAUCUGUGGACACAGAUCGAAGUGGCUACAUUAACCAGAAGGAGUUGAAGCAAGCCCUCAUCAAUUCCAACAACUCUACCUUCAAUGACGAAACCUGCAUUAUGAUGCUCAAUAUGUUUGACAAGACCAAAACUGGACGUAUAGAUGUAUUUGGUUUCUCUGCUCUCUGGACAUUUCUGCAGCAGUGGAGGGCACUGUUCCAACAGUUUGACCGGGACCGAUCCGGUUCAAUUAACAGCAAUGAGAUGCACCAGGCAUUAUCUCAGAUGGGCUACAAUCUGAGUCCUCAGUUCAUUCAGCAGCUGGUGAAUCGUUUCUCUGCUCCUGGUGGUGGGAAUGGGGUUCUCCAACUGGACCGCUUCAUUCAGGUGUGCACCCAGCUCCAGAGCAUGACCCAAGCAUUCCGUGAGAAAGACACCGCCAUGACUGGAAAUGUGCGGCUGAGUUAUGAAGAUUUUCUGUCUGGUGCCGUUACCAGACUGAUGUAAAAUACUGUUUAAAUAGUCAAGGAGAAGACCUGAUUUCACUAAUGGUUGAAGACCAUUGUCUGUUGAUAGAAAAUAUGUGACAUGCCACUUAACCCUUUCAAUAGUGCCUUCCACUGCAGGUUACCUAGAUUUCACCACAUUGAGCUUAAACCACUGUGUUCAUUAAGCAUUGCCUGCAAGCCAAAAUAUAGUAUGUAUCGCUACAGACUACCUAUGAUAUGCUUGUCUGCUUUAGACAGAUACAAUAUAUCCUCACUGAACUAAUGCCAAAAAUGUCAAUGGUACAUUCUAUUAGCCAUGCAAGAAGCAUUAUUUACACAAGUAUGACAAAUACUUUACAUGAAAUCAAGUGUUGAUUGAUUCCCAGAUUAAUUAUUUUUUUUUAUUUAAGUUUUAAAAUUCUAAAUGUUUGUAAUGCAAAUUAUUAUUUUGCCUUUUUCUCCCAAAAGCUAUUGUUGUAUGCUUUAGUUUGUAUAUGAAUAUUUAUGCUUUCUCCACCUUCUCCCUUUUUAUUUCAAAUAAAAUUAUAAUAGGUGAAUAUUA